GGUUUUCGGGUCAAAGUUGAGGGUGACAUUGUACUUUUUCGGGUAAAAGUUUGUCACUUUUCCGCAGAAUUUCUGUCUUUUAUGUGACAUAAAAUCGGCUAAGAGAGUACAGAGAGACUCGUACUCAUCUGUGAGAAAGGAAAAAGUUAAAUACCUUGUGGUGAAGCACUUCUUGUGCCAUUCUGCAACUAUGAAGCUGUGGAUUUCCGUCCUCAAGACUAACCAUAUACCCCAGAGAGUUUUGGUCACCCAUGUCAGAACUUUGUGCUACAAUACAGCCAACAACAGUACAAACUUCUCAACUCACACAAAACAUGUCUCAAACAGAACUAAACUUCAAGAAAAGUUUCUUGGUGCCAAUAAGACAUGCCGCAGGCUUUCAUCGUCUUACUCAAAGGAGACUGCUAUUCAGAACAUCCUUCUUGAGGAGAACAAAUCCAGGACAUUGGAACGGAUACCGAAGAUGAGGAGUAUUGUUACUAACGAGAAAGUGACAGUGGGGGCUGCAGUGUUGGUGCCACUCUGUACGGUGAACGGAGUCCCUUCUGUGCUCUUCACUCUCAGGUCUUCAAGACUAAGAAGCCACAGAGGAGAAGUCAGUUUUCCAGGCGGCAUGUGUGACAGUACUGAUCGUGAUGUCGUGCACACUGCUCUACGGGAAACAGAAGAGGAACUGGGCAUCCCUUCCAGUACUGUGGACGUCUGGGGACCGCUCAAACCUAUACCUGACAGGUUCUUACAGAAAAACACCAUGACAGUUGUGGCUGUACUGGGAAAUGUUGGAGAACUGGACCCUACAAAACUCAAGCUCAGUCCCAGAGAGGUGGCAGAAGUGUUCACUCUGUCCUUCUCCCACCUGCUGGACCCCGCCCACCAGCGCUACACCACCGUGAAGCGUCGGCAUGACAACUACAGCUACACCAUGCCUGUCUGGCUCGGCGGCCCGCACCGCGUCUGGGGGCUCACCGCCAUCAUGCUCGAUCAGGUACUCGUUGCCAUAGCAACAGACUGGUACAGAACAGUGCUCAGGUCCAGCUGGAGGCAACGCCGGUGACAU